UUUAACACCAACCAAAAGAAGAAGAGUGUAACAUUCUCUUUAAAACACACACACACACACCGCUCCGGAGCGUCUGGAGGAGGCAGGUGCAGGUACGGGCGGCGCCGGCUCAGGGGCUGCUGGAGGCCCAGGAGGCUCGGACGCGGGGCAGGAAGCUGCCUACCACGCCGGCUCCUGCUCGCGGGCGCCCACAGCGCGGACACGGCGGGCUGGUGGCCGGCGUUGUCGCGCGCGGCCCGGCGCCACCCAUGGCCCACCAACGUGCUGCUCUACGGCUCGCUCUUCUCGGCCGGGGACGCACUGCAGCAGCGACUGCAGGGCAGCGAGGCCGACUGGCGCCAGACGCGGCGUGUGGCCACGUUGGUGGUGACCUUCCAUGCCAACUUCAACUACGUGUGGCUGGGCCUGCUGGAGCGCGCACUCCCGGGCAGCGCGCCACGUGCGGUGCUGGCCAAGUUGCUCUGCGACCAGGUGGUCGGUGCGCCCAUCGCGAUUUAGGCCUUCUACACCGGUAUGAGCAUUCUCCAGGAAAAGGAUGACAUAUUUUUGGACCUGAAACAGAAAUUCUGGAAUAUCUAUCUGAGCGGACUGGUGUACUGGCCCUUUGUACCGCUGACCAACUUCAGCCUUGUUCCUGUUCAAUGGAGAACAGCUUACACUGGAGUCUGUGGUUUUCUCUGGGCCAUCUUUGUCUGUUUUUCCCAGCAGAGUGGUGACGGCACAUUGAAGUCAGCUUUCACCAUUUUACGUACAAAGUGGACCAGUGCCAUAGAAGGGUCCCCGGAGAAAUGAGAACUCAAGAACUCUCUUAAAGGGACCACAUAUUUGACCUAAAAUGCACAGAAUUGCCUGUAGACAAAAUACUUGAUGUGCCAAUUAUGCAUUUCAUUUUGAGGAAUUACUGCUAUUUAUAAACCCACUUAAAAAAUUAUGAUUAUU